AUGGGUUCCGCCCAUUCGUCUGCAAAUGAGUCUGACUCAGGGACGGCCCACCCCCAGGAGAUGGAGGUUGAGGGCACUCAGGGAGGGGAGGAGGUCUCGAGGGACCCCUCCGUUGACCUUCUUCUAGUCAAGGAUCUUCCUGGUGAUCUCGAGGUAUUGACCACCUCCAUUGCGAAGGCCACAGAUUGGGUUCUGCAGGCCGCGCACCACAAUCCACUCUCCAUCGAUGGGGGCGAUGCCUUCGUGGCCCAGAUGACGUCCUUUGUGAAUGCCGUCAUGGCCACUGACUUUAGUCGUAUUCGUGGACCAGGCGAACUCGACAACUUCUCACUCGCCUCUCUCCUUGAGGCCAAGACAUCUUCCAAGGACAAGCCGACCAUCCACCCGGCUCCCGUACUCAGGCCCCCUCCUCCUGCUGCCCAUGGGCCGCUCGAUGAGGGUGUCAGUGAUGUAGGGGCUCUGCCCAAUGUCCUCAUGCAGGCAUUGGAUGACCUUGGUCGCCUGGCCUCCCCGCCUCACAUCCCCGCUUCCAAGAAGCGUAAGGGUGUUGAUCGCCUGGUCCCACCUCCUCCUCAGAAGAAGAGUAAGGUGGCAUACUCCUGCCCUGGUCCGCCUCUGCCGAUCAAUCGCGCCACUAAACCCAAGCCCCGUCCAACGACGUGGGCAGGGAUCGCCAAACAGGCCGCUCCGAUGCCUCCCCCGCCUCCUGGCUUGGGACCGCAACAUCGUGGGCCUUCUCCUCCCCCUGCAUUCCCGACGGGCCCGAUGAAGACAUCUCCUCAUUGGUCUGUCCCUUCUUUUACUUCCGAGGGCCCCACCCGGAAGCAGGUUCUCGUGUCGUUCGGGGGUACCCCUCCCGACCUCACGAAAUUCUUCACCGAGUCGGCUAUUCGUGCAGCCAACGGGUACCUCAGGGAUGGUCAAUCUAUGCUUAAGGUCACCUCCAUCGUCCGUGCAUAUGACGGUUUGUCGCUAGUUACCCCCGCUGUUGCCAGCCCGUCCGACCUGGACGUCCUGCGUAACUUUAUUCGCAAAAGCCUCCCAACGGGUACUCCGUUCGAGGUUGCGCUCCCAUCAUUGACAUCUUUCAUAAAGAUCCUCGACGUUCCCUACUUCGAUCUGAAAGGGUUGAAGAUCACCCAGGAGGCGCUUGAAAAGGCCCUCCAUACCUCGGUUCAUGCUGAGGUCUUCACAUAUCUGAGCACCAAGCCUCGGAUCGAUCGCAACUCCGCACACUCAACUUCGUGCAUGGUCUAUUGCAACAUUUGGGACUCCCAGCAGGGAACCCAUGCCAAGAAGGCCUUAGGCCAACCGAUUUUCCUCGCCAGGCGGUCCUGCGCAAUCAGGCCUGCCGCGCGUCACACCGGGGUCCUGCUAUGCCAGCGCUGCUGGACAACUCAGCAUGCGGGAUGUUGCAAGGGCAACGCGAAAGCAAAACCCCCUGUGCCGCCCACCCCUCACGACCAGCCCUGCCCCCACAAGGGCCACUGUGUCAACUGCCACAAGGACCAUGCUGCCAAUUCAGCAUCGUGCAAGUUCUGGGCCCAUUGCUACGACUGUGAGUGGAUCAUGGCCGAGUAUCGUCAGACCAAUGUUAGGAAACCAGCAGGAUCUAAAUAG